AUGUCUUCGUAUGAACAGGGAGAAACAAACGAUGGCCAUUCCGCAAGCCGACAAGCCAUCGAACUGCCAGCAAGAGACGGGGCACCACAUGUAUCAGAAAGCCAACCAACAGGCGACAGAUCGGACGGAGAAAAGGGGUGGAUAUCUAUGUGUCGGCAGCAGCAGCGCGAUGUGAGGCUCAUGGUAGCACCCCGCUUCAUGGAUAUACAUGCGCUCUGCACCAGAUCCCGAGCGAAUCGUGUACUGACUCUAUACACGGAGGUGCGAAGAGCAAUGGGAGCUGGCGAAGAUGUCGCAGAGUUGUCCAAAAAGCUCGAGGAAGAAAUUGCAGGAUAUGUUGCAGACCAACAUGUGCAUCAAACAAGCCAGAUCCUUGCCCUCAAUCAACCCAACAACAUCUUCUUGAGACACCUCUUGGGAUUCUUCAAGAGUACUUUGGAGGACGAGAAUAUCAGCUUCUUCGACGAACCGAUCAAUGACUGGGUAUCGCUCUCUCAACAUGACAGACUAGACCAGCUCAUAUGCCUUGUACCUAUCCACAAAAUCGGGCGAGUAGUAUUUAGACCAUUUCUGGCAGAGAAAGAAAGGGUGGGGAAUAAUGAUUUGUAUCACUACAACGAGCAGGGUAUACGGGGUAUUAUCUUCACUGUAUUCCUAGGCAUCAUUGCGGUGUUCACGUGUGCCCCAGCUGCUAUUCAGUCGUUGAAUGUUGAGUCAGCUACUGGUGAGGUGGCGGUUUAUCUGGUGUUUGUGAUCGCGUUUGGCUGGCUCAGCCACGGACUCAUCCAAGGCUUCGAGAAGCUAUUGUUAACAUCGCUCGCCUUCUCUGGACUCAUGGCAAACUUACUGCGAGGCAACAAAUAG